AUCCUUCAUUUUAUUUUUGAUGCUAUAUUAUUCAUAAUAACAGGUUGCAGCAAUUAUACUCUAUUCCAUUUAUUCUAGACUCUAAGAAAAGAUAAUUGCCGAUCGAAGAGCACCAUGGUUACAUUAUGACUAACACCUGAAUUCUUAAGUAUAGUUUCGAAAUUAAAAUCGCUCGCAGUCUUGAACUGAAACUUGUCAGAUUAAGAGAAACGAAGAAUCCGUAUUAUAUAUUUGUUAUAAAUAGAAAAAUUUUUUAUAGUAAAACUGACAUUAAUGCUAACAUGCUAUGAGAAUAAUUUUUUAAUGGUGUACUCUAUAAACUGUUGUAUAUGAAUUCUACUGAUAAUGUUCUGUCUAUUAUCAAAGUUCCGAGAACGUGCUAAGUACGAGUGGAGAAAAUGGAAACUAUUUCAUGCAACAGAUUUUCAAUCGUUAAUGUAUCCUUGCUUCAUCUUAUGUAAUAUUCUCGGAAUAUUUCCAUACAAAAUCAAUGGUUCAACUUUCGAAAAUUCCAAACAGCGUUACAUUCUGUCUACCGUAAUAAUAUGUGUAUUUUGCAUUUACGAGUUGAUAGUGCUCUAUAUGAUUGAUAUUAGUAAAACAAUAAAAUACAAAAGUGUACCUGAAACUCUUGAAAAUAACAUUUUUUACAUACUUAGUGGUUUCUCUGCGAUUGUUACAUACGUUACGAGUGGUCCACGAAUGCACUUGCUCCAAAGCAUAAUGAAAAUAUCUUCGAGAUUGCCUCCUGAAUUGUAUCAAAAAUUGUCUACAAUAAUCCAUGCUAAAGAUAUUUUUGGUUUUCUUUUUUUAAUUGCGCAAGUGUCAUUAUAUUAUAUCAUGAUAGAUAUGGAUUAUUUACUCGAGUCGUAUUUCGUCUUGUUGGUAUUUCAGAUGGAUAUGCUAUAUGUAAAUUGUGUUUGUGUAUUAAAAGCCUGUUUCAAGGAAAUUAAUAAAAAUCUGACAAAUCUGCAAGAGCUGAUGGUAAAUGAUGAACCGCGUCUUUCGAGGCAGACCUAUCAUAAGCAAAAAAAUUCAUUUUUGCUGACAGAAAUCAAAACUUUGAGAGAUCAACAUUUAAUGAUUAGCGAGACGGUACAGAUGUUAAACAAGGUUUUCAGUCUGCAUCUCCUUGCUACCAUAAUUUUGACUUUCGUCCAGAUUACUUUUCUAUUAUACUAUGGUAUAGUGCAUUGGAAGGUUGAGAUGAUAUUAAGCAACUUGAACCACCAGUUCUAUGAUAUAAUGUUGAUUAUAUCUGUCAUAUAUUAUUGCAUAAAAAUAAUAUUAAUAGGAUGGACUUGUGAGACUGGCAUGGAUGAAGCUAUGAAAAUUGGCAGUACUGUUCACAAAGUGCUCAACAGUAUUACAGAUGAGCAAAUAAAAAAUGAGUUGCAGCAGUUUUCUUUGCAAAUAUUGCAUCGCAAAAAUAUAUUCUCUACAAAAGGUUUAAUAAUUGAUGCAAUGCUUCUUACUGCGGUAAGUAAUUGACUAUUUGCUUUAAUUAAUUAAGUAUUGUUUAUAUUUAUGAUUUUAAUUGUAGAUGGUGGGUAAU